GAUUAAUAAAUGCAGAAAUACAAUAUUAACGAGAUAAUAGAAUAUUCAUGAACAAUAUUAGCGCAAGACCGACCAAACGUUGUACUGAAAACGUUCCUUCGGAAGAUAAUUCUGUACGAUGAAUCGAGUGUAUUUUUCGUUGCUUUUAAUAGUGCAAUUAAUUGCUAUUUUGUGCGCUAACGAAAACAACUUCAUCCGUGAUUACUUUGCAUUCAGAAAAGUGGAAAGAAUCGUUGGAUUUUCUUGCGACAACAUGGAAAAUAAUUUUAAACUCGCAAAAACCUUCAACAAUAUGUACACCACGUAUAUUUCAAUAUUGAACUCUACGGAUGAAUCGCGAUUAGAUAUGAAAAAAGUUUUAAGAGCGGAGUACAAUUGGUUGGGCGUUUUUUUGGAUUCUCGAUGCGAUCGUAAGAGACAUACUAAAGUCCUUGUGGAAGCAACUAAAUAUUCUAUGUACGAUGAAAUGCACAAAUGGUUAAUUUUGGGUUCGAACCUGAGCCAUGUAUUGGAAAUAUUAAACGAUGACGCGUUCACUAUCUCUACCGAUGUUAUAAUUGCUGUGCCAUCAACGAACAACUAUAUUUUGUACGAUGUGUAUAAUCCUUGCAAAGAUCGAGGAGGGUCGAUGAAUGUAACGCGCUUUGGAACGUGGAGCAAUAAAACUGGAUUAAACGUUACCUUAAAUGAAUCGAAAUUCGAAAGAAGAUCGAAUUUGCACGGGAUGAAACUCAAAGUUGGGAUCGUUGUAAUAAUCUAUAAACUAAGAAAUUUACAGAUCGGUUUUAAACCAGAAAACAUGACUUUUCACGAGAUGAUGCUACAAUAUAGCAUGAAGUCAAAAUAUGGGCGAUCGAAAUUUCUCUACGUAUUGUUACAACAUUUGUCCGACAUCUUCAAUUUCACUAUGGAGAUCGUGCAAAUAAAUGCGCAAAGAAGAUUCGAUAAUUCCGGACCUGUUUUCGCGGCUUUCAAAGAGAAACUCAUAGACCUCUCGGCAAGUCCAGUGGCGAUGAGGAUCGGCAGAUUAGAUAACGGAGACAUAAUCGGACCGGUCUGGCCAAUACGGUCGUGUUUUAUGUUUCGCACGAUAUCAUCGACGAAAAUUAAACCAGGACAAUUUCUGAAACCCUUGUCUGUGAAAGUAUGGUAUGUGAUACUGGCCAUGAUAGGAAUCGUGACAACAAUUCUAGUUAUCUUACUAAGAUUAGAAGGCGUGCAAACUCCUACAGAGAUUUAUGGCCUCUCUGUUUUGCUCACAAUAGGAGCUUUGUCCCAACAAGGCUCUGCGUUCGUUCCAACACGUUGCGCAAGUCGUAUAGCAUUCCUACAAAUCUUGUUCGUCGGUUUAUUAAUUUUGAAUUAUUAUUCAGCGAGUGUCGUAUCGAAUCGUUUGAAAAACAGAGGCGAGAAGAUGAACGAUUCUUUGAUUAGUUUGGCAAAGAGCAAUAUGAAACUUGCGGUGCAGCCUACGUCGUAUAUUCGCUCCUUUCUUCGGGUGCCAGACAAAGAAGUAAGAUAUUUUUAUGACAAUCGGUGGUCGAAAAUACCAGAGUCGGAUAGAUAUUUAUCACUAGAAGAAGGACUUAAUCGCGUGGCGGAGGGUCAUUUAGCCUAUCACACGAUGAUCGAUUCAGCUUAUCCUUACAUCGAACAGUCGUUCACUCGCCGAAGUAUCUGCGAACUUACGGAGGUUCAUCUGUUGCGUGCUGUUCUCGCAUUUUAUGCCAGGCAUCACAGCCCUUUUACUGAACUGAUGAAAGUAGGCUUGAUUAAAAUUCAAAACGUUGGCAUUCAGAAACGCGAAUUGAAGCGAUGGGCGGCUAGAAAACCAUUUUGCCCGAUCAACCUACUUAUCGCCGAACCUCUAUCGAUUCACGAAGCUGCGCCGAUUUUCAUGUUCUUGUGUAUCUCACUGGUUCUAUCGAUUCUCAUUUGCAUCGUUGAGAAUAUCGUCUUCUGUCUUUUCCCAGCACGACUUCCAAGUUUCAUGAUGGAGAAGAAACGCUUGAUCGACUGGACUUCGCCUCUGCUAUAUUUACGAAACGUGAAUCAGUCUCUGAGAAACUUUUUUAGUAAAUGGAGCCCUUUUCAAAAUCCCUAAAGUUUACCUAUUGCCGCGAUAUAAUUGCCAUAAGCGCGAAUUUGCUGAUUAGUCGCUAGAACAACUACGAAGGAUUCUCUACCAAUUAUUAUAGAUAACAGAUACGGUAUUCUAUUACAUUUAAUUAUUAGAUUUUCUCAAACAUAUAAAACCUUAAUCACGCGUAGUUUCCUCAAAAUAUUAAAGCAAAAUAUACAUUUAAAUAUGGCCAGAUCUUGAAUUAAUUAUCGAUAUUGAUUACGAUAUUGUAGCUUGUUUACUAUUAUCUUCAAUCGAGUAAUUAAUUUUUAAAUCCGUUGCCUUUCCUGUUCUCUUCCAAUACGAUACCAUUAAUAUCUAGCUUGUCGUGAAAUUCAUAUUUUAGGCAGCCUUUGACAGGAAAUGAAUAAAACACCGUGACACAGAUGAAUAAUAAUAAUGCAAGUAAUAACGCGGUCGAUCUGUAACCAGGAAUUCGAUCAAUAACGGGACUUAGCUUGUUUCUAUUGGAACUGUCGCGUUGCGAAUGGACGUUCGAAUGAAUGAUUGAUUAAUCGAGCUGUAUGCAUUCCUUUUCGUGACUCGAGCAAUUUGCCAAAUUACACGAAAUCGUUCGACAAGCUUGUCUUUCAGCGGAAUCCCAAAUGAUACGUCCUGCAUUAUUAUUAUUAAUAUUAUUAUCAUCAUUAUAAUGUGAUGCAAAAGUAAUAUUAUAAAAUAACGUAAUAGAAAGGCA